ACAAGCCCGGUUGGUGGCCUCGCGACCUGCGGCACAAGGAGCCGGAUCACCUCACCAAGCCUGAGCGCAUCGCGCUCCUCGUCCACCUGUUGCGGCGCAGCCCAGUCGCCAUUGACGAGCUCGAGCUCGCGACGGCCGCCAUGAGCGCCCACAUCCCGCAGGACAAGAUGUCGAUCCUGCACGAGCUGUACCGCAUCGCCAAGGAGGAGAAGGCGGCCAUCGACGCGAGCCCCGACGGCAAGUACAAGGAGCUCACGGUCGCCCUCGAGGUCGCCUCGCACCUGCUCGACGACCCGCCCUCGCCGGGCAACGACGAGCCGAAGCAGCACAACACGCGGCACCGCGCCCGCCGGUCCAUCGGCCAGCAGACCGAGCUCUCGGCGUCGCAGGGCUCGCCGAGCUCGCACCUGUCGACCUGGACGCAGCUCACGCCUCGAGGCUCGAACCGCCUGAAGCCGUACCCGCUCGCGCGCUCCAACUCGGUCUCGGACGCGCACGACGGCGGCGCUCCCGGCCUGCGUUCGCCCGCCGCCGGCGGGUCGGGCAUGUCGCGCAGCCAGUCGCUCGUCGGGCCAACGACGAGCGCAGGCCGGCCACGAGUCGCGAGCGGGUCGGCGAGGCGCGAGACGGUCCAGGGCGCGCUCGACGAGGCCGACCUUCUCGGCCCGGACGCGCACGCGACGCCGCACGCCGCGAGGGUCGCCGCGAGGCCCGCCGUCACGCCCGCCCGGGCCGGCGAGUCGGGCUCGCCGCAUGCGUCCGAGGCGACCGCGAUGGGGCGCAGCUUCAGCACGAGCGCCGUCGGCGGCGGGUCGUCGUCGUCGUCGGCCAAGAAGGCGCCGCGCGUGUUCGACGACGCCGUCGCGAGCCCGGCCAUGCUCAAGAGCCGCAGUCGGCUGAGCCAGCAGCACUUCGACCAGAUGAUGCACAGCUCGUCGCCGGCCGACAAGCACCGCCCGACGCCGCGGCAGCAGCCGCCCUUUGCGCCCGUCCGCGAGCAGCCGCACCACAUCCAGCCGCACCAGCAGCUCCCGCCGCACUUCCAGCUGCACCAGCACCACCAGCAUCAGCUCGCGCAGAUGCAGGCGCACGCGGCCGCACAAGAGCAGCAGCAGCAGCAGCACCUCGUCGCCGUCUCUCGACCGCCCCUCCAGCACUCGCACUCGCAGCCACCGGCGCCUCAUCCCCAUCAACGUCCUUCCUCGCAUCAACAGCAGCAGCAUCCUCCGCCGCCUCACCACGUCGUGCAAGGGCUCGUCUACGGGCCGUACUCGAACGCGAGCUCGCCGGCGCUCCCUCCUGCGCCGCCGCAACUUGUGCGGCAGCUGUCGGCGCACUCGAUGGGCCCGCAGCCCGGCAUGCACCCGCACGGGCACGCGCAGAUGCCCAUGUCGAUGCCGCCGCAAGGGCACGGGCACCCGCACCAGCUGUCGCCGGCCAUGCACCAGCAGGGCCACUUUACGACGUCGCCGCACCUGCCCCAGCUCCCGCCGCCGCCGCACCUCGUCCAGUCGCACGAGCACGAGCGCCACUUUGCGCAGCAGCAGGAGCACCAGCACAUGCAGCAGCAGCAGCAACAGCCCCGCCAGCACCUGCACCACCACGCGCCGCCGACGCAGGUCCAGGUCCAGGUCCAGGUCCACGCCGGCCACCACCACCACGCGCACCCGCACCCGCACCCGCACAUGCUCAUGCAGCGCGUCCCGUCGACGGGCGAGUACGACGCCUACGGCCCGCCGAGCGCGCACUCGUCGUCGUCGGGCGCAGGCGGUCCGAGCGGCGCGGGCCCAGGCGCAGGCGCGUACCCGACGCCGGGCGCGUACCCUUCGCCGCACUUUGCGCCGACGCCUGGAGCAGGGUCGGGGAGCCCCUUCCUCGGCGGCGGCGCAGGAGGAGGAGGAGCGGGCAGCUCGGCGAGCACGCCGCAGCCGCCGCCGCCGUCGGCGGGGGCGCAGGACGGGUUCCUUGUGCCACCACCGGCGCCGAGCAUGGACGCGUACGCGGCGACGAGCGGCGCCGACUAUGGCGCCGACGAGUGGGUCUCGUACGUCGACGAGCCGCUCGAGCGCCUCGGGCUCGGACUCGGCGUCGGCGGCCCCGACGCGACCAUGGGGCUCGAGCCGGGCUACUACGGCGGCGAGGGCGAGGACGAGUACGGCUUGCUCGGCGGGCUCGUCGUCGGUGGUGGGAGCGGUGGCGGCGAGGCGGACGAGCACGCGAGGAUGAGGGAGCAGGCCGAGGCGAGGAGGAGGUACGAGGAGCACGCGUUCGGCAUCGUGGGCGCCUGAGCGGUGGGCGCCCUCUCAUUCUCCCAGGUCUGUAUCAGUCCCCUGUCGUCACCUCGCGGCCCAUCAUCUGUCUAUUCCCUUCAUUGCAUUCCCUCUUGCGCCUCCCUCCUCCUCGCGCGCAUGGUCCGCCAGGUUGCCCACCUUCCGCUGCCGGCAGCACAGCGCGCAAUGCAUCUCUCAGUGUCAUC